AUGAAUCCCGCUUUCUCCAACUUAGGGCUCAUGUUGAUCAUGAUGCAGGUGUCGCGCAGGCUCGAUCUCGAGGACCCCCAAAUCUUGAUGUAUGUGAGAAUCGCGUACGUGGCUUGCCAGUUGGUGGUGUUUGGCGUCUGUAUGUAUGUCAAGUUCCAGAUCAACAGGAAAAACGACUUGACCACCAUGAAGUACGUGGAGCCGGGUAACCCCAUGGCCGGCCAGGAGGAGAAGGCUGUGGUCACCACUGUCAAGGAGUACGACUUGAAGCAGAUCGACUCCCAGAUCAAAAGCAUCUUCACAUCAUUGGCCAUGAUGGGUUUCAUGCACUUGUACAUGAAGUACACCAACCCCUUGGUCAUGCAAUCCGUGUCCUCUGUGAAGUCUGCUUUGGAGACCAACAUUGUCAAGAUCCACUUGUGGGGCAACCCAGCCUCGGGCGAUUUGAAGAGACCUUUCAAGGCUGCGCCUGGCUUGUUGCUGGCCUUCCAGGGCGCUUCUGGUGACAUCAAAACCGACAAGGCUUCUGUGGAGGCUGCCGAGACUGCCGGUGCCGGUGGUAUCAAGGAGGAAUAG